CGACGCACAUAUGUUGGAUAUCGUCGCGAUUCUCGUCCUGUGCUUGGUCGGCACUUUCUACGCCCGCAGAAAGAAAUCACUGUAUCCUCUUCCCCCUGGGCCAAAAGGCUAUCCUGUCAUAGGAAAUGCAUUGGACAUGCCGAAAAGUCACGAGUGGAUCGCGUACGAGAAAUGGGUGAAAGAACUUGGAUCCGACAUCGUGCAUGCGGAGGUACUCGGGACACAUAUAAUCAUCUUGAACUCGGAAAAAGCCGCUAAAGAGCUGUUUGAAAGACGGUCGUCGCUGUAUUCCGACAGGCCACCCCUUGUGGCUUUGAAUGUUCUUCUCAACUUCGACUGGACGAUGGCUUUCUCGCGGUAUGGACAACGGUGGCGGAAUAUGCGCCGAGAAUCCCACCGGUAUCUACACCCUGCGGCCACGCUGGAGUUCCGCUCUAUUCAACUCAAAGCAACGCGCCAGCUGCUGCAACGACUUUUGGAGGCCCCGAAGGAUUUCAUGACGCACAUAAGGCAUAUGACAGGGCAGACAAUAUUCGAGGUCGCAUACGGAAUCGACGUACAGCCAAAGAACGACCCGUAUAUUGGCUCUGCGGAGGAAUCCCUGAAAGCAAUGACUUUGGGGUGCACCCCGGGGGCGGGCAUAUUCGAUACCUUCCCCUUUUUGGCAAAGCUCCCUACGUGGAUCCCCGGUUCCUCAUUUCGGAAAGAGGCGGAAGACUGUGCGAUGUCUGCGCCGAGAGGUUUAGAGAUCCCAUUCCGGGCUGCGAAGGGCGCGACCGUGAGUCAAGAUUCGCCUUAUAGGAAUAUAUACUCCUCGGGCACAUUGGUAUCUUCGAAUCCUAUAGAUGAAUGGGACGGGAAUCCCAUCUAUCGCGUCACGUAUGAUCCAGCAACAACGCACGGCGGGGGCAGAUGUUGUCUCGUACAGACCGCUUCGUCCAUCGAAACCUUCUUCCUCGCCAUGGUCCUCUACCCUGAGGUACAAAAGCAAGCCCAAGCAGAAAUCGAUCGCGUCGUAGGAACCGACCGCCUCCCAGAUUUUACGGACGAGGCAGCGCUUCCGUAUAUCGGUGCAUUGGUCAAGGAGGUCUUCCGAUGGCAUCCUGCCGUGCCUCUCGCUAUCCCGCAUCGAGUGGUGUGCGAUGAUGUGUAUGACGGGUACUUCAUCCCUGCAGGUUCCGUCGUCAUCGGCAACAGCUGGGCAAUCCUGCACGACGAGACCGUCUUCCCCGAGCCUGGCCGCUUCAAGCCCGAGCGCUUCCUCACCGCCGACUCGAAACCGAACGGCGCGCCCUUCCCCGACGCCGUAUUUGGCUUCGGCAGACGUAUUUGCCCCGGGCGGUACAUGGCGCGCGAGGCGGUAUGGAUCGCGGUCGUGUCGGUCCUCGCGAGGUUCAACAUCUCGAAAGCGCUCGAUGAGGACGGGAACGAGGUCGAAACUACGGACAAGUAUGCGUCGGGGUUCAUCUCGCAUCCGCUACCGUUCCAGUGCCGGAUCCAGCUUCGUCAUGCUCAUCGGCCAACUUUGUAAACUCGAAUUAUAAGAUGCCUUCUUGCAGGACAACGCACCUUUUCCCCCUUCGCUCCGUUCUGAAUAAAGCGCCCAGCAUACGUGUAUCAGAGAAUAAACAGUAGAGGCCUGAGGUGGAAGUGCUAUGCCUCGGCGUCAGAGACAGGAAUGAAGCUCAGAAACGAGUAGGGCAAAAUUGAGCGCGAUGGGAUAAAGAACGACGGCUAUAAUUAUUUCGCAUUCCUGCGUCGUCGGUAAAUGUACUUGCCCUGUUGGCAGUGCAGAUUUAAUAUGUGCAUCUAAAACCGCG